GUGGGCUACCUGUGCAUGUCCCUGCACGGUGGCAAGGACCAGGUCGACCGUGACUCGACCAUCACUGACUUCAAGUCCGGUCUCGUGCCCAUCGUCAUUGCGACGUCUGUGGCUGCGUAUGGUCUGGACGUCAAGCAGCUGAAAUUGGGUAUAAACUACGACGUGCCGAAUCACAUGGAGGAUGAUGUCCACCGUGCAGGUCGUACCAGGCGCGCAGGCAACAAGGGCACAUGUGUUCAUCACGCCCGAACAAGAUAG